AUGAGUGAGCCCAACCUGAACCCUUCCCCUCCACAGGGCCCCAACCAGGACCCUUCCCCACCACAGAGCCCCAAACUGGACCCUUCCCCUCCACAGAGCCCCAACCUGGACCCUUCCCCUCCACAGAGCCCCAACCUGGACGCUUCCCCUCCACAGAGCCCCAACCUGGACCCUUCCCCUCCACAGAGCCCCAACAUGGACCCUUCCCCUCCACAGAGCCCCAACCUGAACCCUUCCCCUCCACAGAGCCCCAACCUGAACCCUUCCCCUCCACAGGGCCCCAACCUGGACCCUUCCCCUCCACAGAGCCCCAACCUGGACCCUUCCCCUCCACAGAGCCCCAACAUGGACCCUUCCCCUCCACAGAGCCCCAACAUGGACCCUUCCCCUCCACAGAGCCCCAACAUGGACCCUUCCCCUCCACAGAGCCCCAACCUGAACCCUUCCCCUCCACAGAGCCCCAACCUGGACCCUUCCCCUCCACAGGGCCCCAACCUGGACCCUUCCCCUCCACAGAGCCCCAACCUGGACCCUUCCCCUCCAAAGGGCCCCAACCAGGACCCUAUCCAGGACCCUUCCCCUCCACAGGGCCCCAACCUGGACCCUUCCCCUCCACAUUGCCCCAACCUGGACCCUUCCCCUCCACAGGGCCCCAACCUGGACCCUUCCCCUCCACAGGGGCCCAACCUGGACCCUUCCCCUCCACAGGGGCCCAACCAGGACCCUUCCCCUCCACAGGGGCCCAACCAGGACCCUUCCCCUCCACAGGGGCCCAACCAGGACCCUUCCCCUCCACAGGGGCCCAACCAGGACCCUUCCCCUCCACAGGGGCCCAACCAGGACCCUUCCCCUCCACAGGGCCCCAACCAGGACCCUUCCCCUCCACAGGGCCCCAACCAGGACCCUUCCCCUCCACAGAGCCCCAACCUGGACCCUUCCCCUCCACAGGGCCCCAACCAGGACCCUUCCCCUCCACAGGGCCCCAACCAGGACCCUAACCAGGACCCUUCCCCUCCACAGAGCCCCAACCUGGACCCUUCCCCUCCACAGAGCCCCAACCUGGACCAUUCCCCUCCACAGGGCCCCAACCUGGACCAUUCCCCUCCACAGGGCCCCAACCUGGACCAUUCCCCUCCACAGAGCCACAACUUGAACCCCUUGUUUGUAAACAACGUAAUUGUAAAUGCUGUGUAG